AUAAAAUUUAAAUAAUUUUGUUAAAGGAAGGGGAGGAGGCUUUUUAGGUAUAAAUAUUGAUUUUUUUCAACAGAAAAGUCAUCACAUCACAUUGAUAGAUCAGCAACCUUGUUCAUCAUGAAAGUAGUAAUUGCUCUGUUUGCUCUGGUAGCUGUAGCCGUAGCUGGCCCAGUCAGUCCAGACGCUGCCGCUCAGGUGCUGAGGAGUGACGUUGACAAUAUUGGAGUGGGACAGUACCAAUACGGAUACGAAACCAGCAACGGAAUCGCCGCCCAAGAACAAGGUCAACUGGUCAACGCCGGAUCUGAAAACGAAGCAAUCGCCGUCCGUGGCUCCUUCCAAUACACCGGACCUGACAAUCAGCAAUACGUUGUAAAUUAUGUAGCUGACGAGAACGGUUUCCAACCGCAAGGUGCCCAUUUGCCAGUUGCCCCUCAAUAAGUUAUUGUUUUUCGGUUUUGUUGUUUAAUUUUUAAAUAUUAGAUUUUUGGAAAAAAGAG